UGUCACAUGACUCCACAGGCAGACCCUGCUUGGACUAUUUAAAACUGUCCCUCUGAGAUCUUUUACCAUAGACUGACCUGAACAGGAGACCCUCCUCCACAUUAUGAUGAUGCAGGAGACGUUCCUCGUAGCGCUGCUCGUUCUUGUGGCCUCAGUCCACUCCAGCUCCCAGUUUUACCUUCCCAUUGACUGUGAUGACAUAUAUCGCAAUGACAACACGAGCUCCAGUGGGGUCUACAAAAUCUACCCAGGAGGUCCCACUACUCCCCUGCAUGUCUACUGCGACAUGGACACUGAUGGAGGGAGAUGGACUGUAUUUCAGAGGAGGAUCGAUGGGACUGAAAGCUUCUUCAGGCCCUGGAAGCACUAUAAGACUGGGUUUGGGAAUGUGGCUGGAGAAUAUUGGCUGGGUCUGGAAAACAUCUUCCUGCUGACUAUGAGGAAGGAGAACGAGCUGCGGGUCGACAUGGAGGACUGGAACGGAGAACGCAGCUCCGCACAGUACUCCUCCUUCUCAAUUAAGUCUGAGUCUGUUGGGUAUCAGCUUCACCUGGGCAGCUUCACUGGCGGUGCAGCAGGGGACAGUUUAUCUGAACACAACUCCAUGAAGUUCACCACCUACGACAAAGAUCAGGAUCUGUUGGAUAAAAACUGCGCUCAGCAAUAUUUGGGUGGGUUCUGGUACAAACAGUGUCACACCACUAACCCAAACGGCAUGUAUGCGCCUAAUGGUGCCAUCGCGUACGAAAAUGUCCACGUGAUUUGGCGUACAUGGAAGGGCUGGAACUACUCCCUCAAGACCAUUGCCAUGAAAAUUCGAUUACGUCCUAAGUGUUCAUGCAGAAACUAACCUGAUUUUCUAAAGAUAAACGAGACUAUGAUAGUACCCACCCUCCAUCGCAAGAGAAGAGCUGGGAUGUGUGGGGACACCAUCUCUAACACCCGUGUUGUUCUUGCUGAAUUUAAUUUACAAGCAAUAAAGAGUUAAAACACCCAUUUAUUUUUUUAGUUUAGUGCUUUGUUUCAAAAAUACAAACUGUAAUAAUAUUUUAAGUCUGCAUACAUCUACUUUUGAAAUUUCUCAUUACAGUAUUAUGUUAUUUAAUAACAUAUCGACCCAAAUAUCAGUAGUAUUGAUACUAACGCUGGUAAUGGUAUCUGAUCGAUACUAGCGCUACAGGACUGAUACUUUCUCUCUAUCCUCUAAGACAGAGUAGACUAAGUUUAUAAGUUGCAGUUAGUAGGAGGAGGUGCCAUACAGCUCUUAUUAGAAACUGUAUGAUAUGCUAUUGGAAAAGGUGAAAGGCAUUUUCAUUGUGCUAGCUGUUUCAUAAAUAUAAUAAAUGUUUAUCUGUUCUUGA